UAGAGUCUUGUUUCUUUCGCUACAAAUCGUUUCGUGGUGACUGUAAGAUUCGCUUCUCUGCUGUUUCUUCCAAUUUUUCACGUCGGCUGUCGACAUCGAUCCAUCGCAUGAGUGAACUCUGGUACUCUUCUUCAUCUGCUUUCUCCUCCUCACUCAAUUCCGGUUGUGSUUUCGGUACGACUUUACUACCACGCAUCCCUCGCUUUUUGCUCCGGGUCUUGUCCCUCCAUAUCUGCGGGACCAUUUCYUCUGGGAGUCCGAUCGGUUGUCGAAAGGCCUGCUCGAUCCAAUGGUCAGUCGAGUGGGGCUUGUCGACAAAGGUAAUGCCCUCGCGGGGAAUAUCCAAGUAUAUAUACUCGAACCGCUUGUAAAUGUGACAGUCGAAAUUGAUCGAAGUAUUUUCCUCGUGAGUGUCCAAAAGCUUGGCAGUGUAACGAGUUGGAAAUGCGCUCCCCCCGUUUUCCCCAAGGUCUCUUUUUUUCUUCUCACGAAUCAAUCCGUCGUCGUCGUCAUCGUCGUCGUCCAGAAAAGUCUUCUUUUGGUUUUCUUCGUCUGGGACAUACUGUCUUCGCUCGGUAAUKAUGCACGGCAAAAGGCAGCCUUCCAAGAUUUCUGUGUGGYCCAUUUGAUCGUACCAGCUCUCGUAGGUGAUCGCYUCUGCUUCUUCGUCCUCGUUGAUGUGGUCAUCGAGCCAAUCGCCUUCRAAAUAGCAAGCGGUCUCAAGGUUUGAUGGAUAUGGAUUGCGAUGCUGUUCCGUGACUGURCGGAUUUCGUCAUGUGAGUGAAGCUCGUUGUAGUCGGCAGCCGUCACGUAACUCGAUAAGGGAAUGGCUGUCAUGGCAUUUUCCACGUCUUUGUGUCGAUGAAGAUGCUUCUCAUGGGUGCUUCUUMUCUUGAGAUUCUCGAGCUGGCGCAUCUSCUUGCGGGUCUGCUUUCGCUUGGCCUUAUCCCGCGCGUGUUCCUGCUUGAUGGAUUCCACGGCGGAAUCCCAAUCGAUCUUGUGUUGCUUCAAUGCGUCGUCCCAUGCCUUGCCGUAAUCAAUCAGGAUCUCUUCGCCAUCAUUAAUGUCGCGGGUGGCCACCAAAUCAACCAUCAAACCCAUCCCGUGUUUCUUCACGACUUCGAGAGAAUCCAUUUCCAGCAGCUCUUUGUGAUGGAAUUCCUGUCGCCUGGUCAGUGGUUUCCCGGCGGCCUGCGCUUCCGUGUAUUUGUCCGAGUGCCAACGAAUCUUGGCAUUGGGUGUGACAUUUUUGUCAUCGUGAUUGGCAUGGUUAACCGAGUGGAUCAGGGGUGCCGUUGGUAGCCAUAGUAGGUUUGAUUCGGGAUGCCCGUACAUGUAAUUCAGUAAAAGCUGCUCCUUUUUAGGGGGUAGGCCUGACUUUGCGUAGUUCCCGUGCAACUCGGCUUGAUCUUCGUAGAGUUUGUUGUAUUUUUCUCUAUCCAUCGUCAUUUCCUCUCGGUGCACCGGAAUCAUCGGUGACGACGUCAGCACCUCACCGYUAGCGAGCUUCUUCUUGGCAAAGAGGCCCCGCUGACCGCCAUGGCCUCCACCCGCCACGUUCGGGGUAUGGUCCGCAAGGCGUUCCUCGAGCUUGUCGUCUAAACAAAUGCUAUAYCCGCCGGCUUCCUUGGGUGUGAACUUAGACAGGGGAUAGUCCGAUGGAUUGAAUUCGUCGCUGUUGUCUGCACAUUCSACCACCAAUUCUUCUCCCGGUUGAAUGUCCCUGGCGGCCACAAACAUGGAAUUGGAGAGGUAAGAAAAACUCCCCGCCUGCCAAGAAGGCGGUGUCUCGUCGUGGGAAUGUCCCCGAACAUCCCUCCAAUCACGAUAGUAAACGGUUUGAAUUUGUUCCAAGUUGAAUCCCUCCGAGGAGCAGGGACAAAUAACGGGCAAACCAGGCAUAAAAACCCUCAUACUCUCGUAGGAUUGCAGCACCUGGGCGUCAUAUAUAUCACCAUUCCACAUUUCGUUGAAAAUUGGGGGGAGAUUCUGUUCUCCAUUCUCCUCUUCAGAUUGCUUAUCUUUUUCCUUCUUACCUUCUUCAGAAAGAUUGUCGUCGUCCAUGUUGCCCCGAGCCCAUGCAGCCAUGUCCAGGGCCUCCCAGUCGUAUACAGGAACGAACAGAUCUCCGAAGACCUUUUCCCCCUUUUGCGUGUCCAUUACACCGCUUCCAAGCAGUGCAGUCCCCUUGGGGAUGAAUUUUCCUGUGAACAUGGAAUGGCCCCACCCGUGYUCUUCCGAUUCUUUGAUGGAGGAGGGUCCAAGCCACAGUCCGCAUUUCUCUUCGUCCCCUGCUGCUUGUACAUGCAUCGGCACCACCACCAGGGCUGACGCAAAUGCCAGAAUUAGGAUACUCGUGGCUUUUGCACCAGAUGCAAUCAAGGCAAAUGCACCCG